CCUCGCCUCUGGGCACCUGUCGCCUCCGUCGUCGACGGCCUGAGGCUGUGGCCCCGGUUGCCAUGCGCGCACACGAGACCAGCCUGACUCUCGCGAUGCGUAGACGUCGCUUCCAACUUCCGCGGUUUCGGUCACGCGAAGCGGCCACGGCGGGCAGAGAAUCAUAUGCUCUCGGCACGCGUGGCACCUUUGCCGGAGAUCGCCAGCAACGACGUCUCUGGGUUGGAUGCGAAUCCAGACCCCGUGCGUGCGCGCACAAAUACAACACAGUAUUAAGGCCCCAUGAAAUUCGCUGCAUGAACCAGUGCAGAUUAACGAGGAUCUCCACUGCCUCGGUUCUGCAGCUACGGGUUAGCCUGCCCAUUACUCGCCAGCAGCCGCUGCCGACAUGCAUCUUGAUGUGCCACGCAUGAGGUUGCGAUCAGAUCGCCCACGUCGUCAAUCUUCGCUUGUAAAAACAGUAUCGCGACGGCGUCAUCUCAAACUGGUCAACUGCCCAUACGAGCGUCUCCCUUGCGUGACGCAAUGUCAGCGAGUUAGUCAGUGCGGAUGUAACCGAAUGCUGUGUUUGAUGGACGGGCUCGGAUGGCUCCUCAUUGAGGACUGAGCAGCCGUCGAGUGGCUCGGUGUACUGGAGCGAAAAAAGAACGUUCGACGUGUCGAGCAUCCGACCAACAAUCGUAUGCCGGUGUUUGCACAGGCACCAACAUAGAACCAACUCUGCUCCAACCGCUCCAAAGGACAGGAGCCCGCCAAUGGUAGCAGACAACGUUCGACAAAGACACCAUUCUCUGCAGUCGGAGUACAUACACCAGCCAUAAGUACGAUAACUAACGUGCACGGCAAAGUGGGUCAGAAGGAGAAACCGUUCAGCCCACUCGGAUCGCGGCAACACAUGGGACGUUGUCAAGAGCUUGCCCAUUCAGUGCUUGACCUGAUCCGUCUGUAGCCACGGCCCGAUGCAAGGACCAAGAGGUCUCUUUUUCGCACAAUUCCACGAACACGCCGAGUGAUCGUGCCGGGGAGAUUGGCAAGUCACGUGUGGGCUUGACGGCCCUUUUGGAUUCUGACCGUUUACCGUCUUCAUCCUACUGGUCGAGAACGCAGGCCACGAACUCGACCUGCUCAUUUCGAACAUGCCGAGGCGUAAUUUGGGAAGACUGGUCCACCUGCGAGUCGAAAAGUCCAACUUCGGGAGGCUCCGAAGGGCCAAUCUUACUUUCCAGGAUUAGCCUUGCGCGAUCAAAAAAACUGUCGAAUCGCAAACCCUUGACUGGUCUUUUGUCCCUCGAAACUAUCACGGCUAGGGAUGGAUUAUUCGGUGAAAGGAAAAAAAAAAGUUGUGUGUCGAUUAUCGCCACUCUCAUUGCGUGUCGUGUCCACCCACAGGCGGCAUUUCAAAACCAUCACAUGGUUGGAUUUUGUCUUUCGGCUUAGCGACACGUCUUUCCUCGCUCCUCGUUUCCAUUCACAUCCAAUUGACGAGGCUGAGCUAGCCUUUAGACCCCAGAACUUCUAGAAUUCAGACCAAGCAUUCAAGCGAGGAGGAUCGGAUUCCCUUCCACAACAUCCCGGCCACAGAUCUAGCUCCAUGUGUAACACCAAGCUCCACGACCUGUUGGUGCAGCUACCCAAAUGUGAGCAUCACAUCCACAUUGAGGGGUCGCUGGAACCUUCGCUGCUCUUCGAACUUGCAAAGAAAAAUGGCAUUGUUCUGCCGGAUGAUGAUGAUGCUUUUGCCUCGCCCAUGGCCCUCAAAGAUCGCUAUACGCGUUUCACAUCCCUAGACGAUUUUUUAAACUAUUACUACAUCGGCAUGUCAGUGCUUGUACAUGCAAGCGAUUUCGAAGCAUUGGCCUGGGCAUACUUCUCCACCGUUGCGAGUCAGGGCCUGAAGCAUGCAGAAAUAUUCUUUGACCCUCAAGCUCAUUUGAGCAGAGGUGUCGAGUACAAGACUCUCCUGCAAGGCUUCGAAGCUGCCAGGCAGCGCGCGGAAAAGGAACUGGGAAUCACUUCGCUGUUCAUCUGCUGCUUCCUACGUCAUCUACCUCCAGUGGACAGUGUUACCUUGUUCGACCACCCAGACGUCCAAGCCAGCUUCGAAAACAAACAAGUGGUAGGAAUCGGCCUUGACUCCAGCGAGUUACCGUUUCCGCCCAGCAUGUUCCAGGAACUUUACGCGAGGGCAGACAAGCAAGGUCUUCGACGAACUGCCCAUGCUGGCGAAGAAGGUCCCGCGCAGUACAUCAGAGACGGUCUGGACCUCUUAGGGAUUGAGCGCAUCGACCAUGGACUCAAGCUCUCCCACGACGAGGAACUGAUGGCAGAAGUCGCUAAAAAUGAGAUCCUGCUGUCGUUGUGCCCCGUAAGCAAUGAUUUGCUUCAAUGUGUGCCGGAUGUAAGCCAUGUGCCCAUCAGAAAGUUUUUGGAUGCCGGUGUAAGGUUUAGCAUCAAUUCCGACGACCCGGCCUACUUUGGCUCGAAUUACAUUCUAGACAACUUCUGUGCCGUGCAGCAGCAUCACGAUCUUUCUGUGGACGAUUGGGUGAGGAUAUGCAAGAAUGCCAUUCAGGGUUCAUGGUGCUCGGAUGCUAGAAAAGACGAACUGCUCGCGUUACUACAUGAGACGGUCAACAACUGGGCUUGAAUAAUGAAAGACACGAGUCGGCUCCAUAAUGUGCGUCUUUUCAGUGGGAGUAGAAUCGACGUUGCAAUGCCAACAUUUGCCUUUGGCGCUCACGCUCGUACAUUGUCGGAAAUGGACUUAUGAUGGCAGCUUCGCAUAGCUUUCGUAAUAUCUACAUUCGUUAUUACUACGACAGAAAGAACAGGUCGCUACAUGUCUUGGCCCUUCGCAUAGUCAUUUGUUAUAUCGAGACACAAAGCGUACAUAUGCUGCUCAUCCACGACACAAGCUUAGUUGAACCUAUUGUAGCGUUUGUUCAAUCCUAAAUCAGAGCGGUGACGCUUCGUUGUUAAUAUUUCUCCCCUGUCUUCUCUUCUACAACGCGAACAGCUUUUUUCCACGCCUCUCUCGCCUCCAGACGGUCGAUAUAAGCGCUGAUGUUUGGGUAUUUUGCUUUGUCUAGCACC